AUGGAAGUAGAAAUCAUUUCUCAGGAGAACAUAAAACCAUCUUCUCCCACACCCCAGCAUCUUCGACUCUUCAAACUCUCUCUUUUAGAUCAGUUCUUGCCUUCUUCAUAUAUCCCACUUCUCCUGUUUUAUGAUUUCUCCAAAAAUGGUAGUCACUGCACUAACAAUCAUCUCCAUCAUCAACACAGUACCCUAGAACGACUGCAGCUGCUAAAGAAAUCUUUAUCAGAAACAUUAACUCUCUUUUACCCUCUUGCUGGAAAGAUGAAAGAUUAUUGUUCCAUCGACUGUGACGACGAAGGGGCUAAUUUCUUGGAGGCUCGAGUUAACUGCACCCUCCAUCAAUUUCUUUCUGAGCCUGAUCUUUUGUUAUUGCAUAAAUUUCUUCCUUGCCAACCCUUUCUUUUGAGAGGAUCAAUUGCGGGAGCUUACGUAACCAACAUCCAAGUUAAUGUAUUUGAGUGCGGAGGCAUUGCUAUUGGCAUGUGCGUUUCACACAAGAUCGUUGAUGGCGCUGCACUCGGCAACUUCCUUGAGGUUUGGAGUGCUAAUGCUCGUGACAACACCUGCAACAAGAAUAUUGAUAUUGGCGAUUUAUUGUCAGUAAGCUUUGUCUCCACUAGUCUCUUCCCCGCGAAGGAGGCCUUAGGGCUCGGAGAUUUUGCGAGUGAGAUAUGGGGUUCGUGGCUGAAGGAAGGCAAGUUUGUGACAAGGAGAUUUGUGUUUGAUGCGCCGGCAAUAGCCAGCCUCAAGGACCGAGCAAGAAGCUCGACUCGAGUGGAGGCUGUUUCGGCACUGAUAUGGAAGUGCACCACGGCAGCAUCUCAACAAAAACAUGGAAUACCAAGACGUUGUUUGUUGACUCACGCCGUGAACCUGCGGACAAGAAUGACACAUCCUGCAUCGAAGAAUUCGUUGGGAAAUCAGGUGUGGGUAGCGAGUGGUCGACUGAGGGCGGAUGAGGAGAGAGAGCUGGACCACUUAGCAAGGGAGGUUAGAGUUGGAAUAUCGAAAAUCAACGGUGACUUUGUAAAGGAAAUAGGAGGGGAGAAAGGGAAAGAAAUGAUGUUGGAUUUUGUAGAAGAAAUAAAGGAGUUUGUUGGUAAUGACGAAGCGGAUUAUUUGGGUGUCUCUAGUUGGUGUAAGCUUGGGUUCUACGAAGCUGAUUUUGGGUGGGGAAAACCUCUGUGGGUUAGCAGCAUCGGAAUGGAAGCUCCAUUAUUUACGAACAUUGUUGUCUUAAUUGAGAGCAGCUUAGGUGAUGGCAUAGAAGCUUGGGUCACCAUGGAUGAAGAGGAGAUGAUGAUAUUACAAAAUGAUAAUCAUCUCCUUAGCUAUGCGUCUUUAAAUCCUACUCCUUUGACAUCUCUUUAA